AUGCACUACUCAGAAAUCGUUCCCUGUGUCGAAAUUGCUUUCGCCGUGGUCAUCAUGCGAGAGAAUGCAGUUCCAAAUUCACUUGUAAGCAAUGCAAGGGGAAACAUCACACCUUCGGGUGAAGAGCUAACUGAAUCCAAAGUGGUCAACUCGGCGACUACUAGCAGGGUGGCCUGCAACGCAGCGGCUGGUUCAUCGACGGGUGUAUUUUUGCUCACUGCGAUUGUCACUCUGGAAGAUGAUCGAGGUGAACAGGUUCAUGCCAGAGCAUUGUUGGACAGUGCUGCUGAAUGCAAUUUGAUCAGCAAUAGAGUGCGGAAACUACUUACGGUUAAGGAACACCGAUGCAUGGUUGAAGUCGUUGGCAUCCAAGGUUUGGCUACCAGGGCCCAGGGCAAAAUUACUGUGAAAGUACGUUCGAGAUUUACGGAUUUCUCCCAGCCAAUGGAUAUGUACAUUCUCCCGAAAAUCGCUGCACAAAUGGCUUCAUCAUCGGUCGAUAUAAAUAAAUGGGAACUACCCAGCGGGAUCGAACUGGCAGAUCCAACAUUUUUCAAAGGUGGCUCAGGGAUACCUUCAUUGGUGGAUUCGGUGUUUGGCGGGGCUGUUACGGGCAAAUAUUUGGUGGAUAGUCCUAUUAGGUCUGUGAUUUGCGACAUCGCAAUCAGUAAUAAGCUAGAUACUUUACUGGAAAGGUUUUGGGAAACUGAAGACAUCGGUCAAGAUCACAAUCACUCUCCCGAGGAAGCUAUGUGCAUGGAAUAUUUUACACAAACUACACAACGGCAAGGUUCUGGUCGAUACACGGUGUCCUAUCCGAGGAAUAGUGAGGUGCUAUCCCAGCUUGGUGAUUCGAAAGCUAUAGCAGAGAGGAGAUUCAUGCAGUUGGAGAGACGUUUAGAACGAGAUCAAAAUCUGCGAGAGCAAUUUGCAGCCUUCAUGAGCGAAUAUGAAUCCAUGGGCCACAUGCAUUUGAUAACCGAUGAACACGAUGCAAACGUUAAGCGAUGCUUCCUCCCACAUCACCCUGUGGUGAAGGAAGACAGCACAACUACUAAGUUGCGGGUGGUGUUUGACGCCUCCGCAAAAACAUCUACCAAUACUUCUUUGAACGACAGUUUGCUGGUAGGCCUUGUUAUUCAGGAAGAUUUGCGCACAAUUAUACUUCGGAGUCGUACACGUCAGAUUAUGGUGGUCGCCGACAUCGAAAAGAUGUUUCGGCAAAUCGAAAUUCGCCCCGAGGAUUGGCGGCUUCAGUGCAUUUUGUGGCGCCCCUCACCUAACCCGGCACCAUUUUUGGCAACAAGGGUACUUAUGCAGUUGGCUUCAGAUGAGCAGCAUCGAUUCCCACUGGCCUCGAAAUCAGUUAAGGAAGAUUGUUGUAAGGACGAUGUGAUAACAGGAGCGAACGAUCCAGAUACAGCUAAAGAGCUGCGAGUGCAGUUGCAGGAAAUGUUACGCCGAGGUGGAUUUUGGUUGCGGAAAUUUGCUUCUAAUUGUGAGACCGUGCUGGAAGGUUUACCGGCAGAGGACCUCUCUAUACAGGUCGACGAUGGAAUUAAUCUAGACCCUGAUCCUGAUUGA